GCGCGCGCUGCGGAGCCGGGGCUGCCGGGGCUGCGGGCGCCAUGUCGGGCCGCUCGGUGCGCGCCGAGACCCGCAGCCGCGCCAAGGAUGACAUCAAAAAAGUGAUGGCGGCCAUCGAGCGCGUCCGCAGAUGGGAGAAGAAAUGGGUGACGGUGGGGGACACGUCGCUGCGGAUAUUCAAGUGGGUGCCGGUGGCCGACAGCAAGGAGAAAGAGAAAUCCAAAUCCAGUGGCAGCACUGCUCGAGAACCCAAUGGCUUCCCAGCUGACACCUCUGCCAACUCCUCUCUCCUCCUGGAGUUCCAAGGUGCUGUUUCUGCAGAUGAGAACAGCAACCAGAGCUCCCUGUCAGAUGUCUACCAGCUCAAGGUGGACAGCAGCCCCAACUCCAGCCCCAGUCCCCAGCAGAGCGAGUCCAUGAGCCCUGCCCACACGUCUGACUUCCGCACGGACGACUCGCAGCCACCCACCCUGGGGCAGGAGACCCUGGAAGAGCCCUCCCUGCCUUCCUCGGAAGUGGCAGAUGAGCCUCCCACUCUCACAAAGGAAGAGCCAGUCCCCCUUGAGACUCAGGUAACUGAAGAGGAGGAGGACUCCAGUGCUCCGCCUCUGAAGAGAUUUUGUGCCGAUCAGAACUCUGUGUGCCACACGGCCUCGGAGAGCUAGCCUGGCCUGCCGCGGGCACCGCGCCUUCGCCAGCCCCUCGCAGAGCCGCCCGCCCUCCCGGGGGCUGGGCUGCUUCCCCCCGGCCUCCCCCUCCCCCGGGGCCGGCUGCUCCAGCCACUCGCCAUCCAUCCAGCCAGCCCAGCCCUGCCCAGCCCUGCCCGGCCCCGCUCCCUCCGGGGCAGGAGCCUCCCCCGCGCUCCCCGGGUCUGCCGGGGCUGCCACCAUACCUGCGACUUUGCCUCUAUUUAUUGGCUCCCUCUGUCCCCGCUGCCCCGUCCCGCGGCGGGGGGCUGCCCAGGGGCUUCCCCUGCUCUCGGUGGGCGCUGGCAGAGGGCUCGCCCGGGGGGCCGUGUGGGGAGGGGGCCGCGCGGGGGGUGUUUGCGGGGACCUGCUGGGACGCCGUGCAAUACGUGUAAGCCAUGGGAGUGUUGGGAGAGCCGCCAGCGCUCCCCCCGCGGGGCGCAGGGCCGGGGCCGCCCCGCGCUCUGCAAAGCCCCCGCCCCGGGGCAGAACCUCCCCCCCCAUCCCGGCGGGGUCGGCAGCCCGACCGCCCCCCAUCCCCCCCAUCCCGGAGCCGGCAGAGCAGGGGGACCCCCGGCCCGGCCCAGCUACCCCCUCCCCAGCACCCCCCACCCGACGCAGAGCCCUCCUUGCCCCCCGCGCUGCUGCCCCAGCCCCGCUCCUGCCACUGCAUGUCCCGUGUGUGAUCGAGCCUGGCGCAGCCGGAGGCGCGGCCGCGCCUGGAAUGGAAACUUAUUUUAGCACUGAAUAGAAUAUUUUUAAAAUUAAACUAUUUGAAGUAACA